CUACGCUUCCCAGCAUGCAACUUUUACUGCGCAGUCGCAGGCGGCUGUACACAAACUCAAGACAACCGGAAACUACAACGCUUGGAAUUUACUGCACUUGGCGUGAUGGCGGGUAGAGCGUGAUCCGCGCAACCCAGCCAUCAUGACCGAGUGCUUCCUGCCGCCCAGCAGCAGCCCUGCUGAGCAGCGGCGGGCCGAGCACCCGGGCGGUGUGGCGCGCACCCCCAGCUCCGAGGAGAUCAGCCCCACCAAGUUUCCCGGAUUGUACCGUACCGGUGACCCAUCGCCGCCGCAUGAUGGCCUCCACCAUGAGGCUCCUGACGCUUAUGUCUCAGACGAUGACAAAGAGCACAGCAAGAAGAAGAACAAGUUCAAGAAGAAGGAAAAACGUACGGAAGGAUACGCUGCCUUCCAGGAGGACAGCUCAGCUGAUGAGGCCGAGAGCCCGUCCAAGAUGAAGCGCUCCAAGGGCAUCCAUGUGUUCAAGAAGCCCAGCUUCUCCAAGAAGAAGGAGAAGGACUUUAAAGUGAAAGAGAAAGGCCCUAAGGAGGCCAAAGAUAAGAAGUCCAAGGACCUGACAGCCGCCGACGUGGUCAAGCAGUGGAAAGAGAAGAAGAAGAAGAAAAAGCCCACCGCUGCUGCCGCUCCCACCGCUGAAGUGGAGACGCUGCCGGCAGAGACACCUGCCUUUAGGCCUAUCUUUGGUGCCCCCCUGGCGGAGGCAGUGAAGCGGACUGCGCUGUAUGAUGGAAUCCAGCUGCCCGCUAUCUUUAGAGAGUGUGUGGAUUACAUCGAGAACUACGGCAUGAAGUGUGAAGGCAUCUACCGCGUCUCAGGUAUGAAGUCCAAAGUAGAUGAGCUGAAGGCAGCGUACGACCGCGAAGAGUGCCCGUGCCUGGAAGAGUACGAUCCUCACACGGUGGCCAGCCUGCUUAAGCAAUACCUGCGCGAGCUUCCUGACAAUCUGCUGGGCCGAGACCUUGUGCAGCGGUUAGAGGAUGCGUGUGGCCGGCAGGCGGAGGCCGACAAGGUGAGCGAGUUCCAGCGGCUUCUGGCCGAGGCGCCUCCAGAGAGUCACCUCCUGCUUAGCUGGCUGGUCACGCACAUGGACCACGUCAUCGCCAGGGAGACUGACACUAAGAUGAACAUCCAGAACAUCUCCAUUGUUCUCAACCCCACCAUUCAGAUCGGAAACCGUGUCCUAUAUAUGUUCUUUACGCACGUAAAAGAAUUGUUUGGUGACGUGGUUCUGAGGCAGGCCGUGCGCCCGCUCCGUUGGUCCAACAUGGCGACCAUGCCGGCACUGCCCGAGACUCAGGACAGCAUCAAAGAGGAGAUCAGGCGACAGGAGUUCCUACUCAACUGUCUGCACAGGGAUCUGCAGGCAGGUGUGAAGGACUUAUCCAAAGAGGAGCGCCUAUGGGAAGUUCAGCGAAUCCUUACUGCUCUCAAGCGAAAGCUGAGGGAGGCCAAGCGACAAGAAUGCGAGACAAAGAUCGCCCAGGAGAUCGCCAGUCUUUCCAAGGAGGACGUUUCCAAAGAGGAGAUGACCGAGAAUGAGGAGGAAGUAGUUAAUCUGUUAAUGGCACAGGAAAACGAGAUCCUUACUGAGCAGGAGGAGUUGAUCUCUCUGGAGCAAGUGUUGCGCCGACAGAUUGCUGCAGAGAAGGAGGAGAUCGAGAGGCUGCGGGCGGAGAUUGCAGACAUCCAAAGCCGUCAGCAGGGUCGCAGUGAGACCGAAGAGUAUUCAUCCGAGAGUGAGAGUGAAAGCGAGGAUGAGGAAGAGUUGCAGAUGAUCCUCGAGGACCUUCAGAAGCAAAAUGAGGAGCUUGAGAACAAGAACACCCAUCUGAACCAGGCCAUUCACGAAGAACAGGAGGCUAUCUUGGAGCUACGUGUCCAGCUACGACUACUACAGAGCAACAUGCUACAGCAUGAGCUCGCCACUCAGCCAGCACCUGCUCCGUCAACUGAGCAGGCCCUGCCAACACAGCCCAGCCCAGAAGUGAGAGGUGGAAGUGAGGAGCAGGCAAAGGGCACCGAAAGCAACAGCAGCAGUACCGUUGCUGCUCCUUCUGCCGCAGCUCCCGUUGGAAAGACAGUGAAGGAUCCUCCGAAGCCGUCGCCCAGCAAAGAAAAGCGGGACGGCAACAUGUGAGGCAAAGGCAGAGAAAAUAGGUCACAUAAAAAACACGUUUUUUUCCGUUAAGUAACUACAGAUCUGGAAGGAUAAGCUUCACUAAGAUGUAUCAAAGAAGAUGUGUUACGUAUGGAUUUUUGACCUGGUUAAUGGUAAAUGUUGACAUUUUCAAUAUUUCUUUAGAAUAGUUUUUUCAUUAAGCAUCAACAGAUUGACUAAAUACAGAUCUGGAAAAUCUGGAGGUUCCGAAUAUUAUGUGUGAGGCUGUUUUGUUUGCUUCAUCUCAUGACAAAAUGCUAAAUAAUUAUAGCUUGUGAAUGUGUUCAGCAAGGCCUUUAUGUGGUAUGUGAAUCAAUUAUGAGUUUUUAGAAUUGAUUUUUGCCAAUAUUGCUUGUAAAUUUGGACAUUUUCAAGCAUAAAAAAACUCAGUUUAAAUAAUAACUGAGCUGAGGCCUUUAAAAAUAUGGUUGAGUGGAUGAUAUUUGUGGUGAAUUGCUUUUUGAGCAUUUUUUCCCCCAAUUUAGCCCAACAUAUUGAACUAAUAAUUAAUGAUCUGGAACCGUUUGGUAACUUGGAUUUGACGUAUGAGUCAUUCAGGCUUAUGGCAAAAUAUAUAAUUUUGGGGGUCAUUUUACCAGAGUAUGAUUUAUUGACAAUAUCGAUAUGGAGUGGGUUUCAAACCUGCAGCAAGUGGGUCACAUUUGGCCCGUGAGAGUCUUAAAUGAGUCCAAUGCGCAUCUUUUGAAAAUUAAUGAAACAAAACCCACAAAUAUUCAUUAUAUAUGAUGAUGUGUUCAAUCAUAAUGAAUUUUUACAUCAACAUUACACUGUGCCAAAAUGAAGAUUGACUGAACAAUAUGAAAAAAGCUUUUUAUAAACUUACGAUGGCUAUAAAUAUUUAAAUUGAAGAUAAACCUGGAUGGAAAGGAAGCUUUCUCGUAAUAUAUAAGGUAUAUAGAACUAUAUCGUAGACAAACAGCUUUAAAGAGUGUUACUGUGCAAUCAUCUCCAUGGGGAAUUUUGUGAUGUUUUUUGGGGGGGUAAUAUUUUUUCUUCUUUGUUUUUACACAUUAUUCUGUUCUCUUCUGGCUGUUUGUUAGAGAACACCCACACAACCCGUUAAUUUCUUUUAUAUACACAUUAAUUAAAUACGCAUUGACUUGUACGCUUGCUUCUGGUCUCAUGAUCCAAUGUGUUAUUAUUAAUAACCCUGUGACUGAAACCCUUACAUGCUGUGAGGAAUAAAGAAAGCGUCCAUUUUGA